CCUUCCAUCUCCUUCCCUUCUACCCUGCCCGUCGCUUAUGCCACCACUUGUUUGUUCUUGCCAACUCCCUCGCUUUCUGGCAUCCGUUGGAGCGAUUUCUGGCUGCUCAGGCUGUUCAGGUUCUGCUUGACGCCAUGGCGCGCCUCCCACCAUAAAGAGCGGCGUCGUGCCUGCCGUCUUUUGUCGUCUUCUCUCGCCUCAGUACACGCUCACGACCCCUCUUCUGCCGCUGCGACGAGCGACCAUCUCGCAGCCAUGUCCCAGCCGGUGCUCGCGGCUUAUCGCCCUCAACAAACAAAGGCAACCGUUGACUUUUUGAAGCGGUUUACCGACCAAGAAACACAACGUCGGAUCGCGAACCAGCCGAAGCCGUUCUCGGCUGAGGAGCACGCCGACCUACGCAAGCAGCUCAAGAAUGUCAACUUCAUCAAGCCGAGAUAUGCAGACGAAACCGAGAUCAAUAUCGCGGUGGUAUGCAGGAAAUGGAAACGUUACUGUCAAGAGCAGAACCUCGGUGAAUGGCAAGCGGCCUUGGAAAACGUAUCUCGCGAGACAGUGAUGAGUUUCUUUCUCCGGGUCAGCGAGUGGUCGAUAGGGAAAAUCAAAUCUUGGGGUACGACGCAGGUAUAUAUCCGGCAGUUUCAGCAGCUAUACACCACCGUCGCCGGUCGCUACAUGGACAGGAACGAUGCCAAAGAGCUGUACAAGGUAUCUACCAAUUGCGGCAGCCGACAGUUCCACAAUGAUGCUGACAUGGGCUGGGCUAGUUCCACAACACGGUCCUGAUCCCCCGCUUCGGAUACCGGGC